CCGACGGAGCCGCCGCCUUUCUGGCUCCUCCGCCACAAGUCCGGCCUCCAUCCUCCCAGCCGGUGCCCACGUCCGCCUGGCCACAACAUAGAAAGGAUACUCCAGCCUCGCCCAGGGGAGGAGACACGCACCGCACAGCGAGCCUCCGCGCCCACCGGACCGCGUGGAAGCCGGGCUCGGCGCGCCGCGUCAGAAAGUCGGCGCCGGCCCCGACGUCGAAGAUGGCGGCCAAGUGCGAGGCCUCCCUCCCCGCCAGCCGGCCAGCCCUUCUCGCGGGCAGCCCCCGGGGGCCUCUGGAGGCUUGGCUUGCCGGAAACCCUCGCAGGACUGCAAUCCAGGACAUUUUUCAAGUUCACCGCCUUCCAGGCUAGUUCAUGGGACGAUGGGCCAUGGGGGAGCUUCCUCCUCCGUGUACCGCCCCUCCCGGCCCGGUUUCUGGAGGCGCGCGCUCUCCCACCGCUGGCCGAGCACCCAGAGAGCUCUCACACACCCUCAGCCCUCAGCCCUGGAGCCCCAGAGCCACUCUUCCUAGCUAGCGACUCAGCACCCCUCCUUUUACUCCAGGGCUACCGCCUUGUGUUAGACCUUCCCCAGAACCAGGAUGAACCCAAAUUAGUCCCCCUAAGUGGACAUCCUCCCACUGUGCAGGAGUCAUUCUCCCAAAUGCAAAUCGCAUCUUACCGAGCACCCAAAAGGGUAGGGGUUCCCUGUAACUUUUUUAGGGCAGCCUUAGUUUAGAGUCCAUGCUUGCAAUUGAAUUUCAUUGUAAUUCUGAGUUCUGCCAAUAACAAGAAUGAGCUUGGAAGAGAAGCCCCAGCUUUCGAUGGUACGCAGGGCCGUGUUUGGGUUCAGCCAAGGUAUUCAGAGAAAUGGUGUUAAGAGGAAACUGGCAUUUAGAUGUCACGAGGUGGGCUUCGAGGAGUGCUCGUUGCUUCUGAAUUAGCCCCUAUUUCUGAGAUUUUUCGUGAAAGACUUCAAGGUAAAAUGGAAGGAGACAGCAGAAGGGAAUCCCCUCGUGUGGGUGGGCCUCAUCCAGUCAGUUGAGGCCUGAGUAGAAGAAAAAAGUUAAGGGCGAUCCCAAGAUGGCUAUCUGUACCAGGUCUAGAGGAGAGUCAGUCAAGAGGUUUCCCAGGGGCUCAGAAGAACCUUGAAGAGCUGAGUUUAGGAAGAUUAAAUCUGUGCAGUUUUCAAUCAUGACCAGACUGAAAAUAUGCCUCAGGGUUAAAUUAGUGAUAACUACUUAGAAAAUAAUGUCACCAAAAAGGACACAUUGACCAUAGUCUUUUAUACAAAUUGUAUUUCAGAGCAAGCCAGUAGUUAAUUAAGGAAGUUCAUCCUUUCAUGUUACCUAGAAUUUUAGCUACUAAGUGCAGAAGGAAUAUUUGCUUUUAAAAAUGACCACUUUAACAUCUGAUGAGGUCAUUGACAUAGGCAGUAAUUACUAAUGACUGCUAAAUGUGUUAGGUGUAAGGUAGUAUGAUAGGCAACUUCAUGUGUGAACUUGAUGUGCCCAGAUAUCUGGCUGAGCAUUAUUCUGGGUGUGUGUGAGAGUGUUCCUGGGUGAGAGUAACAUUUGAAUCAAUAGACUGGGAGUAAAGCAAAUUGCUCUCCCUCAUGUUGGUGGGCCUCAUCCUCAAUCAGUUGAAGGCCUGAGUAGAAGAAAAAGGUGACUGACUCUUCUGCAAGUACCAGGAACAACUCCUACUUAACUGCCUUCAGCUGAGACACUGGUCUUUUCCUGCUAUCACACUUGAACUGAAAUCCUGACUCGUGGGUCCCCAGCUUGCCUUUCAAACUGGAACCUAUGUUAGCAUUCCUAGUUCUCAGGCCUUUGGAUUCAGACUAGACCUGCACCAUCAACUCUCCUGGGUCUCCAGCCUGCUCAGUCUCAAUUAUCAUAACUCCAGACAGAAGGCUGCAGAGUGGGGCUGUUGUGACGCUCAGCAGAUAUCUCCUGUCCCUUUCAUGGCCACCAGUUGCUGCCUCAGCAGUUCACCCAGAAAUUUCCACAGGGGACUCGAGACGAGGCAGUCUGAUGCAAAGCAGGAGCCACACAUCUAAAAAUUCCUCAGAAGUUGUAAAUAGGUGGGAUAGCAGCAUCUUCGGGGCACACGCCAUCGGCCGCCGGGCCUGAGAGCGGCGUCUGCGCAGCUGCAUGGGAGGCCCCGCCGCGCCCCAGCCGCCGCCUGCGCCCUGCACCCGCCGACAGGGGGGCACCCAGAGUCCAUGCUGAGCUGCCCGCAGGGAGGACCCCACCAAGAGCAAGCGCUCUGCCGCCUCGUUGUUGAUCUGAAGACGGGACAAUGGAUGUCAUAGAGACAGCGAAGCUCGACGAACACAGGGAAAGCCAGGCCAGCCACCCUGCGGACACUUACACCAGCCCCGCCGAGCUGGCGGAAGAGGAAGGCAAAAAUGGCAACGACAAAGCCAAGAGCUUACCCAAUGGGCUGCGGAAGGGCCCCAAGAAGUACCCAGACUACAUCCACAUUUCCAUGCCCACGGAGCUGCGGAACAAGUUCCCCCCGGAGUGGUGGAAGACCGGCAUCGCGUUCGUGUACGCGCUCUUCAACCUGGUGCUCACCACCGUCAUGAUCACCGUGGUGCACGAGCGCGUGCCCCCCAAGGAGCUCAGCCCGCCCCUCCCGGACAAGUUCUUCGACUACAUCGACCGGGUGAAAUGGGCGUUUUCUGUAUCAGAAAUAAAUGGGAUUAUCCUCGUUGGAUUGUGGGUCGCCCAGUGGCUGUUUCUGAGAUACAAGUCGAUCGUGGGGCGCAGGUUCUUCUUCAUUAUCGGGACCCUGUACCUGUACCGCUGCAUCACCAUGUAUGUCACCACGCUGCCGGUGCCAGGCAUGCACUUCCAGUGCGCCCCAAAGCUCAACGGGGACUCGCAGGCCAAGGUGCAGCGGAUCCUGCGGCUCAUCUCGGGCGGCGGGCUGUCCAUCACGGGCUCGCACAUCUUGUGCGGGGACUUCCUCUUCAGUGGUCACACGGUCGUGCUCACCCUGACUUACCUGUUCAUCAAAGAAUACUCGCCCCGUCACUUCUGGUGGUACCAUCUGAUCUGCUGGCUGCUGAGCUCGGCGGGCAUCAUCUGCAUCCUGGUGGCGCACGAGCACUACACGGUGGACGUGAUCGUUGCCUACUACAUCACCACGCGCCUGUUCUGGUGGUACCACUCCAUGGCCAACGAAAAGAACCUGAAGGUCUCCUCACAGACCAACUUCUUGUCUCGAGCCUGGUGGUUCCCCAUCUUUUAUUUUUUUGAGAAAAACGUGCAAGGCUCCAUUCCAUGCUGCUUCUCCUGGCCGCUCUCCUGGCCGCCCGGCUGCUUCAAGUCAUCGUGCAAAAAGUAUUCCCGGGUCCAGAAGAUCGGGGAGGACAACGAGAAAUGCACCUGAGAGCACCGCAGAGGCAAGCCUCCCAGCAAGAAGGGGCGUCGCUGCAACCAAAGGUAUAGUUUUGUCUUUUGUUUUAGGAGAACUGACUGGGAAAGAAGACACGGACCCAAGGGUCUGUGAGUGUGGGAAAGAUGGACGCAGCGCUGCCCCGUGGCGGGUUCUGGAUCCAUCCCGACAAACACCUCUGCUCCCGCGGCUCUUCAUCCUCCGUCACCGGCCCUCGACCCGGACCUCUCUGCCGAGCUGGAUUAAGGCGUGCCAAAGAACACACCCCUCUCCUUAGUCUUUCUCCAGCAAGUGCUCGACUGCAGACAGUUUUCUGGAUUAUUUUUCCUUCCGAGAUCAGAAGAUUUGUUAAUGUUUUAAAUAAAAUAUCUGGAUCUAUCUAGCUGCCGUGUAAAUAGACUACCGAUACGCUGAGAGUGGGUUCCAGCACUAGGUUUACUUACAGCCAGGGGCGUUCUGUAGCCCCCAGGGUGAAAGGUCUGCUGCAGGCCUGGGAACAAGCAUGACUGCUCCCCCCACCCCCAGCACGAUGUAUCACUUUUAUUUUUAUUAUAACAAAGAAAGAUGAUCUAAGUACACGAGGAAGUGCCUGACACACCCCAGGACGCCCAUGUGUGUGGAAGGUUGAAUCUAAGGUCUCCAGGACAGGCGCUUGGGACCCAAGCCGUCUCUGCUGAGGGUCCCCCUCGCUUGGUAAAUUGGCAUCUGAGCCCGCAGGGCAGUCGGCACCACGCAUGGCCGUGCGGACCUGCACUCACAGCCUGGCGGUUGGGCCGUGAGGUGGGGUCAGAGCUGCUCAUUGAACUCAGAAUCCAGGGCCGCGCAUCGGGAAGGGCUUCUUCUGAGUGACAGCGUGCUUGGCGGGAAUUCAAGGCAGACCUGACAUUCCUGUGUCCUUGCCUCUCUGACCCACCGCUCCUGUGGACGCGAGCCACGGCUGAGGCCUCCGCUUGGCCCCUGAGGUGCGGCAUGUGCUCAGUUGCUCCUGCACUUGCCUCGGAGGGCCAGGGCCCCAGCGACUUGGUCAAGGGGAUGAUCGUUUCUAAUGUCCUUGCAGGUGAUGCAAAAAAGACGGAGUAUCAAACAUAAGUUCCGAUUUGAUGCUGUCCCAUGUAGCGCGUUGCUGAAGGCCGCUGGGUCUUUCAGACAAUUCUUGGCUGAAUUUCUUAGGAUUUCUAGUCCCCUUAGAAAAACACCAAAGACUCCAAAAUCCUCACUGCUGCGUCAGGGUGCGGCGAGGCCACAGGGUAGGACGAGGCCGUUCCAUUUCCACUGGAGGCGGAAAUUUCCUGCGCUUAGGAUGGAAACCGUCUCGGGCCACUUCUCAGCAUACACAGCUUGACUCCACACACGAAACUGACCUUUCGAUUGUAAGCACAUUGCAGACCCGCUCGGAAGAGCCAUCCCCCCUCUGGUGCUAAAAUUCUGCACGUUUUCAGUGUGGCUGCUCCUCGUGCAACAGAAUCACGGAGGGAAAGGGACUUUGCAAAUGGCGGGAAGAAAACCCCACUCUGGUUAUUUCCACAAGAUGGGAAACCUGAACAUCCUUGGCCGCCGCUUACCUGCGUCCUCUUCACUGCUUUCCCUGUAUUAGAUGCUGACCCGGUGCCAGGGCGGGGUGCUGUGCUGGGAGCACUCAGGUGGAAUCGUGCCAUCUGAGGGCGAGUGAAGCGUCUGCCCCCAGCUGGGGUCAUUCCUCGAGCCUCUCCUUCCCAGAGACCACCCGGAGCACGGGGCGGCCUCACUCAGCUGCGUCUGGGUAACCCGCUCUUGGUGUGCGAGCCUCAGCCGGCACAUGUGCUGCUGUGGGGGAGCCUUCGGCAGUAAAUCCGGCUCUGCAGUCGAUCAUCAGUUGGUUUUUUCUUUAAAAAAUCCCACCAUUACCUUUUAAAGAACUUUUAAAAGUCUGUGACCCUGUGUUCUUGCCAUGUUUAUUCCCAGGUCUCUCCAAUGCCAAGAAAGCACGUGGGUUGAA